AUGUCCGCACAUUCUCCCCCGGUUUCUUUGACAUGCGAUGCCAUACCAAGUGCAGAUCAGAUUCGUAUAACAACAUCUUUAAAAAGCCAAAGAGGAUCAGUGUGGACAAAAAACAAGUCAAUAUUUGAAUAUUGGGAAGUCGAAGUGACCUUUCGAGUUACAGGAAGAGGCCGCAUUGGAGCUGAUGGAUUGGCAAUCUGGUUUACAGAAGAGCAAGGCUUGGAAGGUCCUGUUUUUGGGGCAGCUGAUAAAUGGAAUGGUGUUGGAAUUUUCUUCGAUUCCUUUGACAAUGAUGGAAAGAAAAACAAUCCUGGAGUGAUUGUUGUAGGCAACAAUGGAAAACUUCUGUAUGACCAUCAGAAUGAUGGUUCCACGCAAGCAUUGGCAUCCUGUCAGAGGGACUUCCGUAACAAGCCCUAUCCUGUUCGAGUAAAGAUAACAUACUACCAAAAAACAUUGACUGUAUUAAUUAACAAUGGCUUCACUCCAGAUAAAGAAGACUAUGAAUUUUGUGCGAAAGUGGAAGAUAUGGUGUUGCCAUCACAAGGAUAUUUUGCAGUAUCUGCAGCAACAGGGGGACUUGCAGAUGAUCAUGAUGUCCUGUCUUUUCUGACCUUCCAGUUGACUGAGCCUGGAAAGGAAACACCAACACCAGAUGCAGAAAUUCCUCAAAAAGAUAAAGAGAAGUAUCAAGAAGAGUUUGAACACUUUCAGCAAGAAUUGGAUAAAAAGAAAGAAGAAUUUCAAAAGGAACAUCCUGAUGUGCAAGGACAGCCAGCGGAUGAUCUUUUUGAAACUGUAAGUGAUCGUGAACUGAGGCAAAUCUUUGAGGGGCAGAAUCGAAUUCAUCUUGAAAUCAAACAGCUUAAUAGGCAAUUGGACAUGAUUCUGGAUGAGCAGAGGAGAUAUGUCUCUGCAGUCACAGAUGAGAUUGCUAAAAGAGGCACUGGUUUUCCAGGUCAACAAGGACAGGUUUCCCAGCAAGAGAUUGAGACAGUUGUGAAAACUCAAGAAGAGGUCAUUAGACAAGUAAAUGAAAUAAGAAAUUCCAUGGCUGAUACUCUGAGGUUGAUCAGUGGAGCUCAACAUCCUGGCUCUGCUGCAGGAGUCUACGAAACAACUCAGCACUUCAAUGACAUCAAAGAACACCUUCAUGUAGUAAAGAGGGACAUUGAGCAUUUAGUACAACGAAAUAUGCCAUCUAGUGAGAAAUUGAAGUGUCCAGAGUUGCCACCGUUUCCAUCGUGCUUAUCUACAAUGCACUUCUUCAUCUUUAUAGUGGUGCAGACGGUGUUAUUCAUUGGUUAUAUCAUGUAUAGGAGUCAACAAGAAGCAGCAGCCAAAAAGUUCUUUUGAUGACCUGUUCCUUUUGUGUGUACAUAACAGCAUCGUCUCUGCUUGGAACUUCCAUAAUUGCCUCGUCACUCACUGGAUCAAAGGAAAGCUCCCAAUUGCCCAGCUCAAAUUUUGUCCUGUCUGUUCUUGAAGUGAUAGCAACAAAUUUGGACUUUAAGAAUAUUUGUCAGUCAAUGUAGCCUCCUGUCAUGGCUGGCUACUAGAAGUUUCUUUCAACACUGAUAGUGUGUUUGAUUCUUAUCAAGUGAGAUUUCAGGACUAGGAGGAGAAGACACCUUGGAAUCCAGUUUGACAAUAUGGGGGAGACCAAGUCUAAUAAUUGUAUUUGAAGUGUGGAGGAUAAGUAGCAAAUAUUUGGCAGUGACAAGAGAAUCUCAUUGUACAGGUCAGGGUAUGUUAAAUACAUGGUCACACCUGACUCUUUCAAAAGUAAAAUUCACAGUAUUGUUUGUAAAUUACCUAUCUUCCUGUUUGAAGAAAAUUUGACAUUUAUCAAUGCAUCAAUUACUGUAACACCGAAGACUGUCUACUGUUUUUUUUUAAAUUCAAACAGCUGACAUUUUCAUAUGUUUGUUUCUGUCUAAUGUAAAUUGACACUUGGAGUUCAGAGAUAACCUUAUUUGAAUAAAGAUGCAUAUUUUUAGU